CAUGCAUGUCAGGUCAAUAAUUACCUGGUACUUAUAUUGCUUGGGCAGCGUGACAUGUGGCAUUUACUUUUUUGAUUUGGUUCUUACAAAUAACGUGUUCACAAUUCCGUGACCCUUUCACUCUUAUCCAUUCCUACAAUUUCCUAGACUACGUUGCGGAAAUCUAGCCCGGUCGAAAUACCCUUGUGGGUGGUAUUUACACAGAGCUGCUCACAGCUCAUAGCUCAUAGCUCAUAUCAGUCAGUAUCGAGGUCAUCCUCAGUACAAAAUGAGGGUCCUCUGUCUUCACGGCUUCGGCACAAGCGGCGCCAUCUUGAAAAGUCAAACAGUCGCUUUCCGAAACAAGCUCGACAGCUCUUACAGCUUCGACUUUGUGGAUGCUCCCUUCCGCUGCGGUGCUGCACCAGGAGUAGAUGCACUCUGGCUUAGCUCGGGAAAUUUUACAUGGUGGCCUCAGGCUACCCCGCAAGCAAUCCGCGCCGCUCAUCUUUGGCUCGAUGAUUACCUCGCCGAUAAUGGUCCAUAUGAUGCCAUCUUGUGCUUCUCUCAAGGCUGCGCUUUAGUUGGAAGCUACCUGCUGUACCACGCCCGCGAGACUCCUGACGCCCCCCUGCCUUUCAAGUCUGUCAUCUUCAUCUGUGGCGGCAUGCCUUUUGACGCACUGGAAGAUCUGGGCAUCCGCGUCUCACAACGGGCCCAUGAUAUCAACGAUCGCACCUCCAAGGCCCUCAAGGCCAAGGCGGCAGAACUUCAAAACCUAGCCAAGAAUCCCGACAAGAUUGUGCCUGGAGUUGGUCUCUGGGAUAACACACUGGAUCUGUGCCACGAUCCCAGGAAGAUGCCAAACCCUACAGAUGUCUUUGGCCUGGACUUUACCACCUUCCCGCAGGAUCUGCGCAUCACGAUACCUACUGUCCACAUUUAUGGCGGCAAGGACCCGAAAUGGCCAUCCAGUAUGCAGCUGGCGUACUUUUGUAACAACAGGAAAAUGUACGACCACCAAGGAGGCCAUGAUGUGCCCAGAUCAACCGAGGUGUCUCUACGGAUAGCACAGCUGGUACGAGAUGUCAUUGCGCAAACAGUCCAAGAAGACUGAAGAAUCACGAUGUCGUAUCUGUUGCUCAGCCCCGGGGAUUCUUGAUGGCAUCUUUCUGAAUGUGUCAAACUCUCAGGGCUACCUUACCGGGCAACAGAACAAUGAAUGGUGCUCUCCGAUGCAGCGCAUAUCAACCAAAGGAUAACAAAGGGGGCUUAGACAUUACAGGUCAACAACGUCUAAAAUAGGAUUUAGGGGCUGCCAGUUCGCAAUAUUCCAACGGCGCUAAACUGGUCUAUUCCAGCACGGGCAAAGGCUGGGAGAUAUGCCCAGGUCUCAAUUCCCCCAAUCUCGUUUGAGGUGGAUAACGUUUACAGUUGACGGAUAUGAGGGCUCGGAUACUAGUUCCCGCUUGGCGCAAUAGAAUACGCAAAGGACGGCGGCUGGGUUUCCCGCUAAUAAUAGGACCAAACACAACUAGGACACAAACCACCCCUGACUAAAACGAGUGGAUGUUCUGACCAUCCGCCACGAAAAUUGUUCCAAGCCACUAGAGAAUCCGUUGUGUUUUUGCCCUGAGAAUCAUGACAAGCUACCACCACACCCCGCCCUGGACGAGUUGUUGGGAGAUGAUAGAUGCCGAGAAAGCCAAGAAGCCUAGUGAAGGGGUCAAACUGAUCGCGUGGGAGACAGCUGCUGGAAUCAGUCCACCGACAG